AUGAAUGGACAGGAAAUAGCAUUAGAAAAGGAAAUUAAAUUACUGGGGCUGACUAUAGACGAAGGGCUAACGUUUAAUAAGCAUGUGCAAAAUGUCACGAGAAGGGCGGCAGACAUACAUAAAAAGGUAGCAAGAAUGGCGAAGCUGGAAUGGGGAAUGACGGGAGACAUGGUACACCAGGUAUACCAAGCCGUCAUAGAGCCGAUACUGACUUACGCGACGGCAGCCUGGGCACCGACAGUAAAGAAACUGUGCACCAGGAAAAAACUGGAGACGGUGCAGAGGGCAUUCGCACAGAAAAAAGCGGAGACGUAUAGGACGGCAUCGCUAAAUUCCGCGACGCUAUUGGCGGGGAUACUGCCCCUCGACCUCAGGGUGAAAGAAGCUGCCGCGAUGUUUGAGGCCAGAAGGGGGUCGUCUCCGUUCAUACGCGAAGGAGACCGGAUUGAGCGAGCCGUACCUGCGUUAGAACAACCCCAUCCCGCGGAAAAACCGGAUAUUAGCUUCGCCAUCACCAAUGACCCUGGCCUAAUUCAAAAUGACAGCAAAACGGCAAUUUACACGGACGGAAGUAAGACGGAACGAGGAGUAGGAGCCGCCUGGUCAAAAUGGGAGAACGGUAGGGAAAAGAAGUGGAAAAAGAUAAAGAUGGCCCCUUACUGCACCGUAUACCAAGCAGAGCUGGCAGCUCUCGUUGGUGCAGUAAGGGAGGCGAUGACAGCGGGUACUGACGUGAACAUCUGCAGCGACUCGCGGUCUUCGCUCGAGGCGAUUGCGGGCGGACGCUCUCGAAACCCCCGAGUAAUCGAGAUCCGCAGACACCUGGUGGAUAGCCGAAAAAAGGGCCAGAAUAUAAGACUCCACUGGGUGAAAGCGCACGUCGGCACGGAGGGGAAUGAGAGGGCGGACGAACUUGCGAGUGCCGCUGCGGAGACCUCGAAGGUCAGAGCAGCUCACGUAGAGUACCCACUAUCAUACAUAAGGAAAGAGAUUAGAAGGAAGACAAUUGAAGAAUGGGACCGGCGGUUCAAAGAAGGAAUGACAGGAGGAACCACAAAAUUAUUCCUGACAGAUGUCACAGCGGCACACAAACUAGUGAGGGAAAAAAGAUUUAGUCCGGAAAUGACACAGGUCCUUACAGGUCAUGGGCCUUUUGCCGAAUACCUGUACCGGUUUAAAAUUAAAGAUAAAUCUGACUGCGAGUGUGAGAGUGGGGUGGAACAAACCAUCCCACACCUUUUGAUAGAGUGCCCCAUCUUUGCCUCCUCCAGGUACGACCUGGAACAGAAGACAGGCGUGUCGCUUAGUCUGAAGGGACUGCCUGACAUGCUAGCCUGUGACAGAUCGCACCUGGAGGAUUUUUGCCUAAAAAUAACUAAACGCACCGCAGAGUUCAAUGGAAGUAUGGCCGGGGCGAGGACUGCGAGGCGGCCGGCGCCCACUUGCUAA